AUGCCUCACAGCCACCACUCGCAUUCUGGCCAGUUCUGCAAACACGCAGUUGGGACACUCGAAGAAGUCGUAAAUGAAGCUAUCCGACAACAUUUUACGGUCUAUGGACUGACUGAGCACGUCCCACGCUACCGACAGCAGGAUCUCUACCCAGAAGAGGCCGGAUUAACGCCCAACGACCUCUCCACCCAAUUUAAUGCCUUCCUGGACGAGGCCCACCGACUCAAGCCUCUCUUUGGCUCGCAAAUUCGCCUGCUCGUUGGACUAGAAACGGAACACAUCUCUCCCGUUGAUCUGGACGCCAUCGCCCAUCUGCUCCAGCAACAUUCUGGCCGCAUAGACUACAUCGUUGGCUCGGUCCACCAUGUCCUCGAGACCCCCAUCGAUUUCGAUGAAGCUACCUAUCACGAAGCGGAGCUCAAGGCCGGCUCGGUCAGUGCCCUGCUGGUCGCUUAUUUCGAAGCCCAGUACGAAAUCCUGGACCGGUUCCGGCCCGAGGUUAUUGGCCACUUCGAUCUCUGUCGCCUCUACACCCCAAGCUUGCGGUUCAGCGACUUUCCUGAGGCAUUCGAGCUGGCAAAGCGGAAUAUCUUGUUUGCCAUCGAAUAUGGCGCCCUUUUCGAAGUAAACGCGGCAGCGCUGCGGAAAGGAUGGGAGACGCCGUAUCCAGGCCCAGAUAUUCUCGAGUUCAUUGUCGCACAUGGCGGCCGACUUGCGCUUUCUGACGACAGCCAUGGGCCACACGCAGUCGGUCUCAAUUAUGGACGGCUGCCGGACUAUCUCCAUCGUGCUGGAGUGCAAGACCUGUGGACCUUGGCGCCGAGCGACGCUCCAAACCCAGGAGGACGGAUGGUCAUCCCUGUAAAACUGGAUGGCGACUGGAAAAAGCAUGCUUUUUGGACUCAGUUGGGGCUUUGA